CUCCCUCCUUUGCACUACAUGCCUCCUCCUCCUCCUCUUCUCUUUCUUUCCCUCGGACAAGAAAUUGUAAAGGACUUGAAAUGAGAGGAGCCGCCUUGUUGUUGUCGGUGCUGCUGUUUGCCACUAAUUGUCACUUUGCCUUCUCUUUCAUAGAAGGGCUAGUAGAGAAUGGCAACUUCGAGAAUAGCCCGAGGCAAUCGGAUAUGAAAGGAACACAGAUGAUCGGACGCUAUGCAUUACCAAAUUGGGAGAUUUCAGGCUUCGUGGAGUACAUCAAAGCAGGCCAGAAACAAGGGGACAUGUUGCUAGUAGUGCCAGAAGGAGCCUAUGCAGUAAGGCUUGGCAAUGAGGCAUCAAUUAAGCAGAGACUGAAUCUUACAAAGGGAAUGUACUAUUCCAUCACAUUUAGUGCAGCUAGAACUUGCGCUCAAGAGGAAACAUUGAACAUUUCGGUUUCUCCUGAAUGGGGUGUGUUGCCAAUGCAGACAUUGUAUAGUAGCAAUGGAUGGGACUCGUAUGCUUGGGCAUUUAAAGCCUUGAUCAGUCCUGUUGAGUUUGUUAUUCACAAUCCCGGAGUUGAAGAAGAUCCUGCUUGCGGUCCACUUAUUGAUUCAGUGGCAAUUACAUCCUUAUAUCCUCCUAGACUAACAAAUAAGAACAUACUAAAAAACGGGGGAUUCGAAGAAGGUCCUUAUGUGUUUCCUAACACGACCUGGGGUGUCCUAAUCCCACCCAACAUUGAAGAUAAGCACUCUACACUCCCUGGCUGGAUGGUUGAAUCCCUUAAAGCUGUUAAAUACAUAGAUGUAGAACACUUUUCAGUGCCUCAAGGACGACGUGCCGUAGAACUUGUAGCAGGCAAAGAAAGCACCAUUGCACAAGUAGCCCGUACCGUAAUCGGCAAAACCUAUACCCUCUCAUUCGCAGUAGGAGAUGCCAGCAAUUCAUGUGAAGGGUCAAUGGUUGUCGAGGCGUUUGCCGGCAAGGACACACUCAAAGUUCCCUAUGAGUCUAAGGGCAAAGGUGGAUUUAAGCGUGCUGUGCUCAAGUUUGUUGCUGUUUCUACUAGAACAAGAAUAAUGUUCUAUAGCACAUUUUACACCAUGAGGAGUGAUGACUUCUCUUCUCUUUGUGGACCUGUUAUUGAUGAUAUCAAGCUGUUGAGUCUCCGUGGAACAUGAAUCAUUAAAAGCUAAUUAAGGUUAUUGAUAAGUCUUUAUUAGGUUGGAUGUAUGAAUUUCGUUGUCACGGUUAUACUAUGUAUGAAUAUUUUUGCUAUAUAAGAGAGGCAGGCAGGCAAGGGGUUUUAAGGGUGA